AUGAGUGACGGCGAUGAAAUCUUAACGAAGAAUUUGAAGAUAAAAACCUUACAACCUGAAUAUAAUGAUAAAACUUGGCAUGAAUAUCUUAAAAAUGUGGAUCAAAUUUGUAAACAAACAAAAAUAGAUUCGGAUUGGUUGGAAAUUUUUUCUAUUUACAAUUAUGCAAAUUCAAUAAUUCAACAAACUAAAGAUAAAACAUUCAUAUUUGAUAUUGACAGAGAAAAGAAACAGAUUACAAUGUUUAAAGAUUCUGUUCCAGUUUCAGCAUUACAAGAACCAGCCAAAAGAGCCGAAUUACAGCGAAAAAAGAAUUGCUUUCUUUCGUUGAAAAUUUUGAUCGAAUUAGCUGAAAACGAAAAGAUUUCACAUGAAGUAGUACUUCAAAAAUUAAGCGAUGUUGGCUUUACAAUUCAUUAUUUGUCAAGAGUAAAAGAUAUAAUGUUCAAACAAGUAGUACAUGUAUAA